UGCCAGUUCAGGUUGUCCAACAUGCCCCCCAUCCCCUCCACCACCCAUACCCUUAUUGCCCGACUCACCGCCCUCUCUGAUCAGAACAAAGCGAUCCAACAACUUGUACAAAGACUAGCAAAAUUAGACUUCCAACCAGGCAGCCAACCACUCAAUGGUGACGAAGGAGAUAUCCGAUUGGAACUGAGCGCUGAAAUACACGAAACUCUGAAAGGCGUCGAAGAAGACUUGGAACUUGUGAGACAGGAAGUCGAAGACUUUCUGGGCGUUGCAGCUGCAAAUACCACCACCGGAUUCGGGUCACGGCGCGACAGAGUCAAAGAAGGCCCAAGAGACAGCGAGAAGAGCAGACUUGCAGUGCUCCUGGCUCGCUUGACAGAAGACCUAAAAGCUUCACGCUCGCAAUUCCGUAAAGCUCAGCUCACUGCCAAACAUAACGCUGACCGCGCCAAACUCAAAGAGCGCGAACUCCUCUUCUCUUCACUACAGUCUGGGUCUUCCACCCCCUCCUCCACACUUCGCCGAAAAAACAAUCCGCAAGCCACCGAAGGCGAAAUAGUUGCACAGGCUUCUUCAGACGUGACUGGCGCACUUAGACGGACACACCAAUUGAUGCAACAAGAGCUCUCGCGCUCUAGAUUUGCACAAGAAACACUCGAACAAUCCACAGCGGCACUUGCUGAUCUUGGGGAGAAAUAUUCGGACCUCAAUACUUUACUGUCGAACAGCAAAGCUCUGGUGACAACGCUGCUCAAAAGCCAAAAAAGCGACACGUGGUAUCUCGAAACUACUUUCUACAUUCUCAUCACUACCGUAAUCUGGCUGGUAUUCCGACGUUGGCUAUAUGGACCUAUCUCUUGGUUUCUUGUCUGGCCACUCAAACUUGUCUUUCGCAUCCUCUUUGCCGUCGUCCCUCUCGGCACGUCCUCCGCUGCAACAACUAGUGUUAUCAAUCCAUCACAGUCCUCCACAAGUCUGAUCGUGCAGCCCAGCGCAUCAGGCGAAAUCCCUAAGAGGCCUGUUGUUGAAAACAGCAAUCGUUACGUACGUGUCGGUGGUGGAGGUCGAGGGCACCCAGCGGAUUCAGGCCCACCCCAGUCACUUUCACAGUCAGUAGGACAGAUGGCGGAGCAGAGCGCUCAAGCUAGUGGGGAAUCUGCCCAGGAGAACCUGCAACAACAAAAGGAGCCCGUGGUUCGAGGCGAUGGGACAGUUCUCCAAGAGAGACAACAACCUCCAAACCCUAAGAAAAAAAUGUGGGACGAAUCUGUAGAGAGCGCGAAGUUGGAAGAGCAGAAGCAGCCGGAAGAAAAGAAGGAGAGGCGGAAGAGAGAUGAACUAUGAGCCGAAUGAUUGGCUGAGAAAUCACUACAUAAUCCAUCUCUAUUACUACCUAAUCCCCUUUCAUCGUUUGUGCAGCUGAUCUAUGCUUUCGUUCGACACUUUUACGAUUAUCUUACGCGCCGCCGGUUCUCAUAGUGCACCAACGAGUAUGAUUCGAAAUGUUGUUCCUUUAGUCAGACACCCAGGGUCUUACAAGAAUAUAAUGAUAGACAUACCUUUUCCUGAUCGACUUCCCUACGAUAGAUUUCCUUUGGGUGAACUCAAAUCACUCCAGGACGCCACA